AUGCCCUGCAUGCAAAAACACCUAACCCUGGGUGGGACGGCAGCCCGUAAUGGCUCACAGCAGUCUGGUCAAAGGGCGGCCUCGGCGUCCGCACCCCGCGUGCAGUUGGACCCCGCCCGGGGACCGGAGAUCGCACAAAACAUGCGAGGAUGGACCGCCGUCUUGUUCAUCAUGCCAAUCUUUCUUGCAGCGUUCUAUCAAAGUAGAAACACCAUCUCGCUUCUCCAUCGCUGGCCACCAUCGUCUCGAGCUGUACUGCUAAACUCCCUGAUUUCUCCCUUCAACAUCCGGAUCUACCGUACCAUGUCGACCUUCACCCACCCAAACUACGCGGUGCCCAUAACCUUGCCCGAGGGUCUUUCCCAGGAGCAGCUUCUCGAAUUUCAUCCGUUUCGUUCUUGGAUAUCCACGCUUGAGAACUCCCUUGGCCUGCAAGUCCAGAACCGUUCGCACCCCUUCCACCAGGAUCCCUAUGUGCUCCGCUCCGUGACGAUUCAGUCAUUUGACCUAUUUGGCGGCAAGAGGCUUGGCUUCCUCAAGCUCAUCGCCGAAGUGACCAACAGCGCCGGAGAGAAACUCCCUGGAUCCGUCUUCCUGCGAGGGCAAAGCGUCGCCAUGCUUGUGAUCCUGAUCCCCGAAGAUGCACCCGUCGACACCGACGAGCGCUACGUUGUACUCACCGUGCAGCCACGGAUACCAGCCGGUAGCCUCGAGUUUGUUGAAUUGCCCGCUGGCAUGGUAGAUCAAGAGGGCCAGUUCGUUGGGACUGCCGCAAAGGAAAUCGAGGAAGAACUCGGCUUGAAGAUUCCCACUUCGGAGCUGAAGUGCCUGAGCGAGAUGGCAGGCAUGUCCCCAAAGAGCGACGACGGCAAGAUCCAGGACGGUAAUCUUCCACGAGCCAUGUACCCUUCUGCCGGGGGCUGCGACGAAUACAUCCCCAUUUACAUGCACGAGAGACGCGUGCCGCGGGACACGCUUAGUGACUGGACGGGCCGACUUACGGGGCUCCGUGAGCAUGGUGAGAAGAUAUCCCUGAAGCUGAUCAAGAUGCAGGAUCUGUGGCGCGAGGGCGCAAGAGACGCCAAAAGCCUUGCGGCGGUGGCCUUAUGGGAAAGCUUGCGAAGAGAGGGAAAGCUCUAA